AUGCGUCAGUUAUCAUCAACUCACAUAGACCAACUGUUACAGAUUUUGAACGGAGGUUCCACUGGUUCCACUCAGCCGUUCAACUUGACUAUUGCCAUGAGGGUUGAAGUUCGUCGCCCUUCUGGUGGCUACGAAUCCGUAGUGAAGGAAGGUAUUCAAUUUCUAAGACAUAAACGAGAUUCGAAAUCAUUUGGUCACUUCACACAUGCAAUCGCAAUGGACCAAUUGCAGUUCAAUGAGGAAUGGUCACAGUGGAAACGUGUGCACAACAAACAGUACGCGGACCAAUUGGAGCACGAUCGUCGUCAAAAUCAAUGGACGCAGAAUGUGGUGGAAAUAAUGCAACACAAUGCGCAAUACGAUCUCGGUCUUGUUACCUAUGAGAUGGGCGUGAAUGAAUACUCCGACCUGAGUUGGGAUGAGUUCCGCGAUCGCUACGUGACCGGGUUUGUACAAGAUGUAUUGACCGGGACGAAUCAGAAUGAAUCAACCACAUUCAACGUGAGUGAGGUCAAUCAAGCCGUCCCGGACAAUAUUGACUGGCGUACCAAGGGUUUAGUUCGACAAGUUAAGAAUCAGGGUUCUUGCGGAUCUUGUUGGGCAUUCUCCACGACCGGUGCAAUCGAGGGGCAGUACGCUAAGAAGUACGGUAGACAGAUGGAAUUCUCCGAGCAACAGUUGGUCGACUGUAGCACAAGUUACGGUAAUCAUGGUUGUCACGGAGGUCUGAUGGAAAAUGCGUACCGGUAUUUGGAAAAGUUUGGUUUGGAACCGGAGAACGCAUAUCCCUACCAUGCACGUGUGAGUGAAAUGGAUUCGGUGAAUGAGUUGACGAUAAUGAUGGGUUGUUCCUGGUGUGGCCGCGAAUGUGACCGCAUUUUCCUCAUCCUUUACAGUGUGGUUGUGAUCCUUUCGUCCAAAGAGAAGCGUUGA